UUUCCGUAAUCCGCAGUGCGGUCACACAGUCGGUGAUUCAGAUUUAGUAGUUAUUUUUUGUCUGUUUAUGGCCCCUGUGGACACGGGAUUCGAAUUUACCUAAAGGACUAAAGGACCUAGCAGGACAGGAGCAAGUCAAGAUGACCUCGUACGUGCGCGCAAUGUACGACUUCAGCGGCGAGCCGGGCUCCUCGGAGCUCUCGAUCGCCACGGGCGAUGUGCUCUCGGUGACGCGGAGCGACGUGGGUGAGGGCUGGUGGGAGGGCAAGAACGCCCGCGGGCAGGUGGGCCUCUUUCCGGCGGCCUACGUGGAGGUGAUGUCGGCGGCGGAGGCCCAGAAACUGAGCGCCAGUGGAGCCACGUCGGUGCCACAGGUGCCGGACCCGUUUGCCUCGUCACCGCCGCCCCGAUACGAUCAGACGGCGGAGGACGACGGCAGCAAUUGGGACGAUGAGGACGACUGGAGCGAUGACAACGAUGAUAACACCUAUUCGGCGAUUGGUCCCGGUGGCCUUAAGUCCGCCGGACAGGCGUCACGCGCCGGAGGACUGUCGCAUUCCACCAGUGACUACGAUAACAAACACCUACCCAUUGCCCCCAGUGACGACACCCAAUCGCUGGCCUCCAUGGCCGGAGGAACUGGCGCUGCCGGCACCGUCAAGAAGGGCAUGUUCGCCAAGAGCUCCGACUCGUACAUACUCGGUCUGUCCAGCCCCAGGGAGAAGAUACCCGAAUGCGAGAUGGCCUACAUCACACAGCAGGAGGACUCCAUCUACCAGUGGACGCAGAACCAUUCACCCUACUCCGUUGUGGUGGCCAGUCCAAAGAAAGAGUCCAAGUUCAAGGGGAUGAAGACGUUCAUUGCCUACCAACUGACGCCUAGUUUCAACAACAUAUCCGUGUCGCGUCGCUACAAGCACUUCGACUGGCUGCACGAGCGUUUGGUGGACAAGUUUUGCCUGAUCCCGGUGCCACCGCUGCCGGACAAGCAGAUUUCGGGUCGCUAUGAGGAGCAAUUCGUGGAGCACCGACGCGUCCAGCUGCAGGAGUUCGUGGACUGGGUGUGCCGACAUCCGGUGAUCUCCAAGUGCGAGGUCUGGUACCAUUUCCUGACCUGCCGCGACGAGAAGAUCUGGAAGUCGGGCAAGCGCAAGGCGGAGCGCGAUCCCUACAUGGGUGUCAACUACUGCCUGGCCAUCUCGCCGCCGGACAAGAAUCUGCUGCACUCCAAGGUGGACGCCCAGGUGGAGUUGGGCACUCAGUUCAUUCACAGCAUGGACGUGGCCGUGCGCAACCUGAACAGCAUUUCCAAUGACAUGGCCAAGCGCUCGAUGACGCAGAGUAAAAAGGAGUUCCAGCGCAUCGGUGACGGACUCUCCGACCUGGCCAAGGCGUUGGCCAUUGACGAGCGGCGUGCGCCCACCCGGAACGCGGUGCCGCUCUCCGAGAGCGUCGGCCGCAUCGGGGGCAUCUUCAUUGGCAUUGGCCAGGCCUUUGGCGACCAGCCCAAGCAAGAUUGGAUACCCCUCUCCGAUAGAUUGCACAUCUACAGGGGCGUUCUCAGCUGCUUUCCGGAUAUCUUCUCCACUCACAAGGGCGCCAUACAGAAGCGCAAGGACUGCGAGCGAUUGGCUGGCGAGGGGAAGAUGAACAAUCCCCAGCUGCACGACGUGAAUCGACGCACUGAUGUCGUCUCCUACACGGUUCUGGCCGAAUUGACCCACUUUAAGAGCGAGCGGGAUACGCAUUUGAAGCACACGCUGAAGAAUUUCAUUGGCGAGCAAAUUAAGUUCUACCAGGGCGUGGUGGCACGUCUGCAGGAGGCCAGUCGGCAAAUCGAGUAGUGGACUCAUCCGUGGACUUAUCGCUGGAGAUCGGCUGGGAGCACAAAGAAACAAAGAAACCACACCGGGCACACACUUCCACAGAAACACACACACACACUCUGAUAUAUAGCUGAAAACAUUCGCACGCGCGCAUUUCAAAUGCCUUAGAAAGGAACUCUUAUUUUAAGCGUGGUUCUAACUAAAUGUUAAACAAAAAAAUAUUACAUAAUGUUGUUUGUAAGUGAAAAAGUUGCGUAUUUAUACAGAAAUUAACUUUUAUAUGCCUAUUAUACACUGAACUUGAAAAGCAAAUAUAAUUAUAUUUAUAAAAAAGCA